AGCAAAGCAAAGCAAAGCUCGUCAGUCAGUCAGUCAGUCAGGGAUCGGGGCUGAGAGCUGGAAACCCGCACAGUUUGGAGGGGACAGAUCUGCUGGUGCUGAUUGGUACUGAGACUGAAGCACAGUUCCAUCAUUGCUUCACCCAAAGAGCCAUUUCUUGUGUGAGACAAUCCUGUGAGAAUUGGCAAACUGUUUGACAAUGGGGGACAUUGCAAUUGCAUCUGAUACUAUCUUCAUGGACAUCUAUAUGCAUACUUUCCGGUUCACUGCAUAAUGAUCAGAUUUGGAUAUUCCCAGCCAUUUGGCCAAUCCCUGUACCUUGUUACCAUGAACCUGGUGAUCAACACUGACUGCACAUUGCAGUAGAAAUGGUUGGCUGAUUGUGGGAGAGGAGUGAAGCUAGUUGUUUCUUUACUAUCCUGUUAUAAUCGGCGGGAUUAUUGAUUUGAAACAGAGUUUUGUAUAUCGGAGCAUCAUACAGAGAUAGAGCGACGUGUCUCAAGGGAGGCGUCUGAGUUCUCUGCAACUGAACGUAUCCCAGGAAUAAAAGAAAGCACCAGGGCUCGCUGGAGGCACUUGUCGGCUGUGUCACUGCACAGAACACUUCAAACGCAGGAGGUACAAGUGGAACGAUAGCUGACAUCUCCAGGCUGUGGGCUGCAGCGCGACUUCAAGCCAAUCUGUGAUUCAUGCCACAGAAAUGUGAAACGGAGCAAAGAGGGAACAACUCAAUGCAAGGUCCACAUUUGGAUCAAUUGAUAAGAGUGCCAGGACGUGAGGCUUUGAAAUAGAGUGAAUUCGCUGGUUGUCAAAUCAAGGGGGAGCCUCAUCAGUUGGGGGAAAAAAAAGGUCUGCAAGAAAUUCGGCAAGAUAUGCCGAGUACCGCCACAAUGUGCUGAGGGAGAGGAAGACAAGAGAGUCAUUCAUCCCAGUACGGGUUCUGAAAGCAUGCCAGUCACUGACCUGUGAGUAGAUACAGUGGAGCGCAGAGUGACUUGACCAGCUGAAAAUGCGGCCAUGGACUGGUUCCUGGCGAUGGAUUAUGCUGAUCCUUCUUGCCUGGGGGACUUUAUUAUUCUAUAUAGGUGGGCAUUUAGUUCGAGACAAUGACCAGCCAGAUCGUUCCAGCAAAGAACUGUCAAAGAUACUUGCAAAACUCGAGCGCUUGAAACAGCAGAAUGAAGACCUGCGGAGAAUGGCGGAGUCGCUGAGGAUUCCUGAAGGCCCCAUUGAUCAGGGAACUGCAGCCGCUGGAAGAAUACGUGCAUUAGAAGAACAGCUCACAAAGGCCAAAGCGCAGAUAGAAAGCUACAAGAAGCGUCCAGGCUACGGUCCUGGGAAGCAACAUGAGGAGCUACGGCGUAAGAUUGAAAAUGGAGUGAAGGAACUGUGGUUCUUUAUACAGAAUGAAGUGAAGAAACUGAAGCAUUUGGAAGUAGAAGAAGCACAGCUGCGAGCGGAUGCACUGCUUGAGAACUUUGGUCACCAUGAAAGGUCCAUCAUGAUCGACUUGUACGACCUCAGUCAAACUGAUGGGGCUGAUGAAUGGAGAGAAAAAGAGGCCAAGGAUCUGACUGAUCUUGUUCAACGCAGAAUCACACAUCUGCAGAACCCCAAGGACUGCAGCAAAGCCAAGAAGCUGGUCUGUAAUAUCAACAAGGGCUGUGGCUAUGGUUGUCAGCUGCAUCAUGUGGUCUACUGCUUUAUGAUAGCCUUUGGUACCCAGCGCACUCUUAUUCUGGAGUCUCAGAACUGGCGCUACUCCACUGGUGGCUGGGAGACCGUCUUUAAGCCUGUUAGUGAAACUUGCAUUGAUAGAUCUGGCACUUCCUCUGGUCAUUGGUCAGGGGAGACCAAUGAUAAAGAUGUGCAAGUGGUGGAAUUGCCUAUAGUUGACAGCCUGCACCCGCGACCUCCAUAUCUGCCUCUGGCUAUCCCUGAAGACCUUGCUGAUAGAUUAACUCACCUCCACGGAGACCCAUCUGCUUGGUGGGUGUCACAAUUUGUGAAAUACUUGAUACGUCCACAGUCUUGGUUGGAAAAGGAGACUGAAGAAGCAACGAGAAAACUUGGCUUCAAGCAUCCAAUUAUAGGUGUCCAUGUACGCCGGACGGAUAAAGUGGGAACUGAGGCAGCCUACCACCCUAUCGAAGAAUAUAUGGUACAUGUGGAGGAACAUUACAAGCUUCUCGCUCGCAAAACUGAGAUCGACAGAAAACGGGUUUACCUGGCCACGGACGACCCGACUCUACUCCAGGAAGCCAAGUCAAAGUAUCCUGACUACGAAUUCAUCAGUGAUAACUCUAUCUCCUGGUCAGCGGGUUUGCACAACAGAUACACAGAGAAUUCCCUGCGAGGAGUCAUUUUGGACAUCCACUUCCUAUCUCAAGCAGACUUCUUAGUCUGUACCUUCUCAUCCCAGGUUUGUCGUGUGGCCUAUGAGAUAAUGCAGACGUUGCACCCGGAUGCUUCGACCUAUUUCCGUUCCUUAGAUGACAUCUAUUACUUUGGAGGACAGAAUGCACAUAAUCAAAUUGCAAUUUACCCUCACAACCCACAGACUGCUGAGGAAAUUAAAUUAGAGCCUGGAGAUCUCAUUGGAGUGGCCGGUAACCACUGGAAUGGUUAUUCCAAAGGUAUCAACAGGAAAAUUGGGCAAACGGGCCUGUACCCAUCAUAUAAAGUGAAAGAAUACGUCGAGACCAUCAAGUAUCCAACCUACCCAGAGGCUGACAAAGAAAGGCAGCAGUAGCUGCAGAGAGAGCAAUCCCACACCCUCAAUGAAUGUAUUUUGCCAUAAACCUGAAAUCCAGCCAACUGUUUUUAUUUUCUGAAAUUGAUCGCCUGUGUUGCAGAUGCAUCCAUCUCCAUUGUUGGUUGUGUUUGGUUGUCUGCCAUUAAUUCACGUAUAUUCCUUCGUGGUUGACACUGCCGUGUUAUUGCAGGUUAGAGCAUGAGCAAUCCAGUGUGUGUCCAGUCAUGGUGCCUGAUGCUCAACAAUCUUCAACCAUUUUUGAAGAAUCAAGCCCAGUGCCAGUGCUGAAGUGGAUCUGAACUCCUACCUUGAUCUGUAAUUUGAAACAGAGAGAGGUUGAACUAUUAGUCACAAGAAGGGUUAUGAAGACUUUAUCCAUUCCGCGGCCUGUUUAAAGAGUUAUUUGCCUUGAGGACUGACUGGGUUAUUCCCUCCCAAUAGUAGAUGAAGAAAGCAUCCGAAUAAUGAAGUACUCAUCCACAUUUCACAGUUUUGUAAAAACAAAAUCAUGGACAGAAUCUUUAAUACAUAAUGUUUCUGGACAUUGUCUUUGAUAACAAAAAAUAAAUCUAAAUCAACCAGUUAAA